AAGACCCAGGAUUUAAUUACUUUUUCUUUCCUUAUUUCUCUGGUUCUUCACAAUAUACAGAACCCGAAGGAGAAGGGAUGGCGCGAAGCAUCUCCUACAUCACAGGUGCUCAGCUUCUCACCCUGAAACACCGCCCAAAUGUAGCCAUUGUAGAUGUCAGGGAUGAUGAGAGAACCUACGAUGCACAUAUAGCUGGUUCACUGCACUACGCUAGCGAAACCUUCUCUGAGAAAAUUUCAAAUCUCAUACAAGAGGUGACAGGGAAAGACACCCUUGUGUUUCAUUGUGCUUUAAGCCAGGUGCGUGGCCCAUCAUGUGCACGCAGGCUUGUCAAUUAUCUCACAGAAGCUGGCAAAGAUGUUGCUAUUAAAAAUGUUUUGGUUUUGGAACGUGGGUUCAAUGGAUGGGAAGCUUCUGGUAAACCUGUUUGUCGCUGUACUGAUAUCCCUUGUAAAGGAGACAAAGCAUAGAUGCUGGUUUGGUUAAACAUUGAAGGGUGAA